GUGAGGCAAAGCAAAAGCAACCAGUGGGAGCGAGCCCCCGGUAUUCAGGAAAACCAGCAGCCCUCGCGGCCACCGUCUCGGGCUCUCGGCCGGCCUCCCUCACCCUAUAUUAACCCGCCCACACCUCUCCAGUCUCCCAAUCCAACACAGCAUCUCUGCAUCUGAGCAUCACACGAUCUCACUCACUCUCACCACUACAGCGAUCGCUAACCGAGCUCGCUCUAGCCUCUAGCUAACCAAAUCAAGCAGUGCAAAAGCCCCGAGGAGGAGGACAUGGCGGCUGCAGCGAAGGCGUCGUGGAUGGUGGCGAUGAGCGUGGGCGCCGUGGAGGCGCUCAAGGACCAAGCGGGUCUCUGCCGCUGGAACUACGCGCUGCGAUCCGUCCACCGGGCCGCCAAGGCCAACGUUCCCAGCUUCGCGCCGGCCAAGAAGCUGGCUCCGGCGGCGGCGGCGGCGGAGAGGAGGCGAGCGGACAAGGCAGAGGAGGAGGGGAUGAGGACAGUCAUGUACCUCAGCUGCUGGGGGCCUAACUAGUCUCCACUGUCUCUGUUUCAGCCUUCUGCAACUGAGCUUUGGCUUGAGUCCAUGCGUGCCGGUUCGGGUGGCCUCUCUGAUUGUAAUAUACUAAUAUAGUAGACGAUGAUGAUGAAAAUUUCUGGAAUUUCACUCAAGCAAGUGGAUCCUGCCUCUAUUUUA